GGUCUGAAAAAUAAACAGCAUCUAUUUGAGAAGAGAGAAUACGAAGCGUAGAGAUCUGACAGCUUCUUCUUCUUCUCGUCUUCUCUGAAAUUUCUUCUGAUCGUUGAGGGCGACGGAGCCGUUCCCAUGCCGGAAUCCAACUGAAGAACUGAGCUAGAUUUAAGGGAUUCUUUAAGAUCCGUCUCUCUCCCUCUCUCUCUCUCUUCUUUACACCAUCUCUACUUUUCUCUUUUCCUCUCUCCCUCGCUACAAUUCCCAAUACCCGCACCAUUAUAGGCCGUUUUGUCCCCUGCACUGAGUGAGAGAGAUAGAGAGACAGAGAGAGAGAGAGAUUCGGAUAAGUUCAACAUGGGAAGGUCUCGCUCAUGCUUCCAAGUAAUCACAUGUGGUAGCGAUUCAAAGGAUGAAGAUGACAUCGAUGUACUUGAGAGUAAGGAGUCUAAAGACAAACGAGGCUGGAGUUUCCGUAAAAGAUCUUCCCAGCAUCGUGUGCUAAACAACACUGUAGUCGCAGAAACUCCUCCCGUAGAGAAGGAGAACCUUGAAACUGCUACAUUCGACUUUCAAUCAUCAGCUAAUUCCACUGUUCCUGAGAAACCCACUAUAAUACACUUCACCAAUGAGGAGACCCAUGUGCCUGACAUCGAGAAUCCUAAAGGAUCUGAUAAGGUGGAUGUUGCAUCCGAAAAUGAAAGCAAAGUCGAUAGCGAGGUUGCGGAGUCUACUGUUAUUAUCAUCCAGGCUGGUGUCAGGGGGCUCUUGGCACAGAAUGAGCUGAUUAAACUUAAGAAUGUGGUAAAGGUGCAAGCUGCUGUUCGUGGAUUCUUGGUAAGGAGGCAUGCUGUGGGAACUCUCCGCUGUGCUCAAGCCAUUGUCAAAAUGCAAGCUAUUGUACGUGCUCGUCAUGCUCAUCUCUCUCCUGAGGAAUUGUCUCCAGACAAGAUGCACAAGAAGAAUGAGAAGGAAAAUCCUGGUUCAAAGACCGUGGUGAAGGGAGAGAUGACAAAAUCACAAUCCAAUAUGAGAUAUAUUUCAAUUGAAAAGCUACUUAGCAAUAGUUUUGCCCGGCAGUUGUUGGAAUCAACACCAAGAAACAAACCAAUCAAAAUCAAGUGCGUUCCUUCCAAAAAUGAUUCUGCUUGGAAAUGGUUGGAGCGCUGGAUGUCUGUUUCAUCGUUGGAUGUCUUGGAGCCGAAGAAAGAAGAAUUAGUCCCUGAUCAAAUGGAAGAAGAAACUGAGGAGCUGAAGAAAGAAGAAUCAGAAGACACUGAGCAAUUGAAACGAGAAAUUGUGGAAUCUCAUGUUGAAGACCAAAUUGACUCAAAACCGUUGUCUGAAACAGAAGAUUUGAACUCCAGCACCAUCAAAUCAGUUUCACCAUCUGAAAGUGAAGAUUUAAUUAGUUAUGAUGCCAAUAACUUACAAUCUCAGACCUCCCGCUCUCCAUCUUCAUUAGUAAAGGAUAAUCUGGAGCAGCCUCUGCCUGAAACUGCCAGAACACCUGAAGCUGAAGAGAUAUCAACUAAGGUUAGUUCUGUACAACAUCCGAAAGUACAGAUGGAUAGUGUAGGUUUACAAACAGAGUCGAACUCCUCUUCUGAUAAACCUCCGAUGGACAUGGAGCAAGUCAAUCCUCUGAAAAGAUUAGCACCCGAACAAUUGGAGAAUGAGGGUAAGAAAUUUGGAUCAAGAAAGGUGAAGAAUCCCUCAUUUAUCAAUGCCCAGGCAAAAUUUGAACAGUUGAGUUUGGCACCAGAUUCAAUUGGAACAAUUAGUUCAAUGCAUCAAGAUGAUGGAACCGAACCUCAUUUAGAAACAAUUUCAUCUACAUCGGAUACUGUACCAAGAAUGAAGGAGCCAAGUGCAGAUAAAAAUAUCGUCCUUCCUGCAUCUAGGAUAACUCAAGUUGGUGGCUCUGAAUGUGGCACCGAGCUCUCUAUUUCUUCCACCCUUGAUUCACCUGAUAUAUCUGAAGCAGGAGCGGCAGAUUCACAUACAAAUGAUGUUUCAAAGAAAGGAGUCGAAGAUCCUAGCAGUGAUCUAAGCGCAGAAGUUGAAAUUGAGGCUUCUACUACUCCAAUGCAAAAUGAUAUCCAACUUCUUGUGGAUCAACCAGAAGAAGCUAGUGAAGCUAACGGCCAUUCCAUCACUUCAGUAGCUGUUGUAGACCCUGCCCCAAGUGAAUCAAAGCUAGAGAGAAGUUCAUCAGAUCAAGACAAAGAACAGGAGGCUGAUACGGUUCAUGAUCAUCUAACAUAUAAAUCAUCUCCAGAAGCUUCUCCAAGAAGCCAUUUAACUGUUCCAGAAUCCCAAGGAACACCUUCUAGUCAGGUAUCAAUAAAGGCUAAACGGGAUAAAACUGAUAAAACAGUCUCUUUCCAAAAGCAAAAUUCUCCAUCAGCAGGAAAGAAAUCACCAUCCAGUUUAAAUCGCAAUUCUGGCACGAGGAGUAGUACAGAUAAUUCUUACAAAGAUCAGAAGACUGGGAAAAGAAGAAAUUCAUUUGAAGCACGGCAGGAAAAUGUUGAAAAGGAAUUAAAAGAGAGUAGUAGUAGUAGCUCUCUUCCUCACUUCAUGCAAGCCACACAAUCCGCUAGAGCCAAAGCCCAUUCAACUAACUCUCCAAGAUCAAGUCCGGAUGUUCAAGAUGGAGAGUACAUCAAGAAAAGGCAUUCCUUACCUGCUGAUGGCCGGCAAGGAUCUCCACGCAUUCAGCAGCCAACAUCUCGAACCCAGCAGGGAGCGAAGGGAAAUGAGAAAAUGUGGCGAAGGUAAAGCAGCUAACGACGUGGUCGUAAUGCCUGGACUAAAAUAUGCAAGGAUACAACUUGACCUCAAGGUGUGCAACUUGACCUCAAGGUGUGCAACUAAUUUCUGAUCUACAUUUUCAUGACGCUUAGUUAAUCAAGCCAAAAGAUAUGGAUCUGCUCAGGAAAGAUGUGUAAAUUGUCAUUUCAAUCUAAUUGUUUGAUUGUUAUCUCUCCAUUUUCCCCCUCCCCUUUAAAAAAUUUUCUAUCACCUGUUUGUAACAAGUUGGGGUCAUUGUGUGCGUGUUAUUUAGUAGGUUUGUGACAAAUGUUUUGGCUUGUGUAUGUGUUUGAGGUUACUACAAUGUGAUGAAGAGAUUCAAAGGAUAUAUAUUUCUUUGUUUUUUUUUCCUCCAGAUUUUUACCUUAAUAAGCAGAAUAUGAUUGAGCUCU